AUGACCAUAGACAUCCACUCCUCGUCCCCUGAGCGCUAUGGCAGCGAGACUGUUCGGAGUAGUGUCGCAGUCCGAUUCGCCCUCCUCCACUUCUUCAGCGACGCUGCCUAUAACCUGACCGGCUUCAACAUCUCAUAUAGUGUGAACACGUGCCCUAACAACUGUUCUGGCCGAGGGGAGUGUCGCGUUGGGAACUCAACAGGUGCCAUUUAUUGUGACUGUGAAUCCAACUGGAAGGGCGAGGCCUGUGAUAUCCCUUACUGCCUGUCAGACUGUGGUUGGCCUGACAGGGGACACUGCCUUCAGGACACAAAGACAUGUCGAUGCCAGCCUGGGUGGCAAGGUCCAGACUGCUCUGUGUCCGUCCCGGCCAACUCUUCCGUCUGGCAGCGGGAGGAGUACCCCGAGCCGGGGCUGGCCAGAGCUUCCCACAAGGCCGUAGUGGAUCAGGGGAUCAUGUGGGUCAUCGGGGGUUAUGUUUUCAACUCCUCAGACUACCAGAUGGUCAAAGCGUAUAACCUCAGCUCCCAUCGCUGGCUGUCUCUCAACCGCUCUGUCAACUCCGUCAUGGGACGAUACGGACACUCUCUGGCACUACAUGAGGGAAAGAUCUACAUGUACGGAGGGAAGAUAGACUCUACUGGCAACGUGACCAGCCAGCUGUGGGUGUUCCACAUCCAGAACCAGACCUGGGUGUCCCUCUCUGCCCGAGCCCAGGAACAGUGGGCCGUGGUGGGACACUCUGCCCACGUAGUGCCCCCCCUGUUGGAGGGGGGUAGUCCAGUCAUGUUGGUGCUGUUCGGACACUGUCCUCUAUACGGGUACAUCAGCCAGGUGCAGGAGUACAACUUUGCUAGGAACACGUGGCGUGCCGUGGUGACCGAUGGAGCCCUGGUGCAGGGAGGUUACGCCACAGCAGUGUGUUUGACCCUCCUCCCGGGCCAUCUACAUCCACGGAGGGUACAAGGCCUUCAGCGCUAA